AUCUUCAACAAUCAAAAUCUUUUAUCCGCCCUCAAAAUCCCCUUCGAAACUCAAAAACUAAUGUUCAGGAAGCAAGUCAUGGCAGAGACUUCCCAAAUGCAAAGGGCCACCAAAAGACCCAAAAGAGAAGAAGAAGCAGAGGAAUCAACGAUCCCCAUUAAUCUCCUCCACUCCGGCAUGAACCGCGAGCAGGAGACAUCAAUCAUUGUAUCCGCCCUCAAACGCGUCUUAUUCGGCAGCAGCGGAACUGAUUCCGAUUCCAUUCACGCAUUGGAGUUCCUCCAGAAUCAGGAGUCGGGCCAAACGUCUUCCCCUGCUAACAGCAUAGAACUCGACUGCGGCGGCAUCGACACUUGCCAAUCUUGCCAGAUUGAGGGUUGCUUGGGCUGCCAUUUCUUCACACCCCAAUCAGCAGUAGGAGCAGCAUCAGCGUCAGCGUCAGUAGUGGUAGAGCAGAAGAAGAAAAGGAUGAAGAAGAAAUACAGGGGAGUGCGACAGAGGCCGUGGGGUAAAUGGGCGGCGGAGAUUCGGGACCCAAGGAAGGCGGCUAGAGUCUGGCUGGGGACAUUCGAAACGGCGGAGGACGCCGCCCGGGCGUACGAUAAGGCGGCGAUCGAAUUCCGUGGAGCCCGCGCCAAACUCAAUUUCCCUUUUCCUGAAGACCCAGGAUCUGAUCACAUCAGCCUUCAGAACCAGCAAGUGCAAAAUCAGCAGCAGCAACAGCAGCAGCAGCCACGCUCUAAUCCUAAUCCUUCAAUUCCGACUCAUUCGAUUGAAAAUCGACAAGAGAAUGAUUUCUGGGACAAUCAUGGAGUGGAGGAGUUUGACAAUUGGAUAGUGAUGGACGGUGGCGAUUAACCUGUCGUCCAACUACCGAAACGAGAGAAUUUCUGUUUUAAUUGAAUU